CGUAUCAACAAUCAAAAAGGGGCUCACGAAGCUGUUAAAAGGCUCUUUGACAACAGCAACAAGUAUGACAAAUCAAGUACAGUUGGCGCUAAAAACCAAAACCCUGUACCUUUACCUCCUGCUGAACCCCCUUCUUUUUCUCAGUGGAGGCGAAUCAUUGAGUUAGUAAAGGAUUCUUUUGUUAAGUAUGAAAGGAAAACGAGCUGCGCCUACAAAACGAAUUACUGAAGAAAUCAAAAUAAAAUACAAACAAUCUAAUGUGGGAACGGAAUUUGUUUCGGUUGACGAGUAUUUAACAAGUCAGAU